AUGUGGAUGCUCACGCCAGUUGCUUUUGCUGGAAAGCUGCUGAAUGUUUUCAGGCAGCAGCUCACUUCUUUGUGGUGGACUCUGGUUCCACUAUUUUUCUGGUUCAGGACAACAAUUUGGUUUGCAGUUUUCCAGAGGAGACAGCAGCAGCAGGGUAAGGAAUCAAAAGAUAAGAACCAAAAGGAAGAAGAUGAACUGCCCACUAUUCCCACCAGCGUCAACUAUCAUUUCACUCGUCAGUGCAACUACAAAUGUGGCUUCUGUUUCCAUACUGCCAAAACAUCCUUUGUGUUGCCCCUCGAGGAUGCUAAAAGAGGACUGCUUUUGCUUAAGGAUGCAGGUAUGGAGAAGAUAAACUUUUCAGGAGGAGAGCCAUUUCUUCAUGACCGAGGACAACACCUAGGCGAGCUGGUGAAGUUCUGCAAAAUGGAGUUACAACUACCUAGUGUCAGCAUUGUGAGCAAUGGAAGCCUGAUCCGAGAGACGUGGUUCAAAAAUUAUGGUGAAUAUUUGGACAUACUUGCUAUCUCCUGUGAUAGCUUUGAUGAGCAAGUGAAUGUUCUUAUUGGUCGUGGCCAAGGAAAGAAGAACCAUGUCAAAAAUCUUCAAAAACUAAGGAUGUGGUGCAGGGAUUACCGAGUGGCAUUCAAGAUAAAUUCUGUCAUUAAUCGAUUCAAUGUGGAAGAGGAUAUGAAUGAACAGAUUCGUGCACUAAACCCUGUCCGCUGGAAAGUCUUCCAAUGCCUAAUAAUCGAGGGUGAGAAUUCUGGGGAAGAUGCUCUAAGAGAAGCAGAAAGAUUUGUCAUUAGUGAUGAAGAAUUUGAAAGAUUCUUAGACCGCCACAAAGAAGUUUCCUGUUUGGUGCCUGAAUCUAAUCAGAAGAUGAAAGACUCCUACCUUAUUCUGGAUGAAUAUAUGCGCUUUCUGAACUGUAGAAAUGGACGGAAGGAUCCUUCCAAGUCCAUCCUGGAUGUUGGAGUAGAAGCUGCUAUAAAAUUCAGUGGAUUUGAUGAGAAGAUGUUCCUAAAGCGAGGAGGAAAGUAUGUGUGGAGCAAAGCAGAUCUAAAGCUGGACUGGUAA